GACCCACGCAUAAAGUUGGUAAAGGGAUUUCAAGACGCAUCGAGUCGGUUGCAUCUCUAAAAGAGGUUCCCGGUCGAAAGUUGAAAAAAGCUGGUAACGAUAUUCCUCCAACGACGUCCGGGACAAAAUCUCAAAUUAUGAUGCGUCUUGAGAAAAUGGUGAAUGAGUCCGAUAUUAUGCAAGGGGCCAUUCGUACUAUAGAUUUUGAUGAAGGUGUUUUCGGAGCUGCUCAUUUCGAAAUAAUUGCAAAGGAGGACAUGCAACAACUUUUUGAACACGACGAAUUGGGCAUCGCUGUCAUUCAUACAUACAUAUGGUAUAUGUAUGUAACAUUGCUGCGGGGAACUGAAUUGUGUAACCGUUUCAAUUUUAUUGCUGCUUCCCGUAUCAACGCAACGUUAAUAACGAAAAAUCCAACAUCCGUAAAGAAUGAUCUAGUCGAUAGAUUCAUGGCGCCCGACGAUAAGACUACACCCACAAGAUGGUUUGAUCAAGGGUCUAAAAUACAUGGGUUAAAUAUUUUAGAUGGUUCUACUGUUAUUAGUCAUGAAUCACCAUCUAGUGAAGACUUUCAAGACAAGAACAACAUAUGA